AUGGCUACAAUAGCACUUCACAUUACCUACCAAGGACAGCCAAAGAAGUUUACAGUUAAUAAAUCACAAACCAUAUCUCAAUUUAUAUCACAAUGUUUGACGAGCUAUAACAUUGAUUCCAAUACUUUUAGUGCUGAAUUAUAUCACAACAAUAAGGCAUUAGAUUCAGCAUCGCCCAUCAGAUUAACUAAUCUAAUGAACAAUUCAAAGCUUACAUUAAAGGUGAAAAAACUUGAUUUGAACAAGGAGAUCAAUGUCAAGUUUAUAAGUGAUAAGGGAACUGUGGUUAGGAAACUCACGGUGGCUACUGUGUUGGAAGAGAUUGUGGAACAAAUUGUAGGACGUUUAUCAAAACCGACACAAUUGAGAAUCUUAGAUUUGGUGGUUGGAUAUGAAAAGUACGCCACUACAACAUUGGGAUCAAUUGUGGGGAAUGCCAAUAGUGUUGUUAUUCGAUUAGAGUAUCAAAAACUGACAAGCGAGAAGGAUGCCUUGUUUAAAAAACAACAAGAGGCCAAUCGAUUACAAUUGGCAGAGGUUCAAAGGCGUAAAGAAUUGGAAGCUCAAAAACGUUUACAGGAAGAACAUGAAAGACAAAGAUUAGAGAAGGAGAGGACUAAGCAAGCAGAAGCAAAAAAUACAAAUGUGCAGGAGCCGGACAACUCUCAAGAGGAUGCCGAGAUGAAGGAUGUUGAAGAGGGGACACCUUCAACUGCCACUGAGUCUGUAUCAAAUUCAAGUACCGGUGAUGUGGCCCAACAAGAAGGAACCGACGCCAAUUUUGUGUACCAAGAGGAACCAAUCGAUGAAACUCCUAAAUUAUAUGUACCAACCGAUAAGCCACAACCAGCUUAUCAGAACCCCGAUGAAGAUUACAAUAUGACUGUUGAUCAAGCCAAAACAUAUCAAAAUGUAAUACGCAAUUCAGCCAAGAGAGUGAAAAAAACAGGAGGAGAUAUUAAGAAACCUUCGAAAUAUUUUAUACGUGUUAAAUUCCCUGAUGGCGCUAUGUUACAAAUCAAUUUUCUUGAAAAUGUUCAUGAAAUCAAAUUUGGAUCACUUGUUAAGAAAUUGGAUGGAUUAUUGGUUCCCGAAUAUAUUAAUAGUUAUAACUUGAAAAUUGGUUAUCCUCCAUUUACAAAAUUAAAUCAAUCAUUUGCAUUGAAUAAUGAAAAACUUCACAAUUUGGAACAUUUUCAAUCAGAACAAAUAGUCCUAAUUUGGGAAUUGAGUAAAGGAGAUGCAACCAAAGUGCAUCAAAAGGGCCCAUUUUUGAAUAAUGAAUCCAAAGAUUUGGUGAUCAAACCAAGUGAUGAAUUGCCGGCUAUUAAAUUAGAAAAACACAGAAAUGAAUUACCGUCAAAAGAUGAAUCGACGAAAUCAGGAGGAGGUAUUUUUAAGUCAAAAUCAAAGAGUAAAGAUGGUGAAGAUAAAGAUGAAAAAAAGAAGUCCAAAUUACCUAAAUGGUUAAAAAUGAAGAAGUAA